AGGACGGCUACGUCAGAUCCUGAACUUGAGCGCCAUUUUUUCCUCAAUAGGGAAGAAAGGGACAAAAGCUGUACCAAAAAUAACUUAUCUUUGGAGGGGGUUCGCAAACAUCACCUAUCAUAUUUGGUCUCAUUCUUUGUACAGCGGUGCAUGUAGACAGAGGAUGCUGCUCGAAUGAGUAUCUGUGUGGAGCGCCGGGAGCAGACGCAGCUUACCGACACACACAGUUAAGGGCCGGUGCAAGUGGGAAACGUUAGCCCUGUCGGAGGUGGCACAGCGACAACUAACGUUAACCUACGCUGAAAAUUGGACGAGGAUUUGUGAAGAAUAAUGUAUCAGGUUCCAGUUGGAAAUAUUGAGAAGAUCCGAAAGGCACGUAAGGCAGUGAAAAAAAUCUUAAGUGAGAUCGGCCUGGAAGACUGCCAGAGCCUGCUGAAGAAUCUCAAUGAAAACUCUGAGAAAAACUCAGAUGAAGGCGAGGCCUUUGAGGAAACUGACUGGGUUGAUUUCACACAUGGAUUCAACGUCAGGCUACAGAAAAAGUGGCCCUACCGGUCUCGAUCUCUGUGCUGUAACAUGUGCAAGUACUCUUCACAAAACAUCUACAACUUCAGGAGCCAUGUCUCUCGCUGCCAUGCUUACAUGCAGUCAUUGUGUGCUCUGGCAUCCUGCUCUCAGUGCCUCUUCAUUGGCCACCCCAAGGCUGUCAAGAAGCACAUGCUGUUCUUCCAUGCCAAAGUCGCCAUCCAUACACUACCUCCAAGGGAAGUGUCUUUAGCCACCCAUCGCGGAAAUGAGAGGUAUCAGUGUCGACGAUGUGCGUUCCCAAGCUCUUCUAUCUUUGCCAUGAAGAAGCACAUCAUUCUCAAGCACCUGGACAGUUUGGCAGAACAGUAUAUUGGUUACAGAUUGAACCUUCAAGGCACCGCAUCUGUAAAAGUCUACUGCUGCAAGGUAUGCAGGGUGAACACUGGAAAUCUAGACCAAAUGUUACAUCACAUGCUGGUUGAGCCAUCGCACUACUCAAUCAGCACACAAGUUCAGAGUAUGAUUUAUGAGAACAAGAACUACACCAUUAAAUCAACACCCAAUGGGAAUGGCCUGUUUGUGACAUUUCCGAGUAUUGCUCCGAAACCACAGCAACCUCAAGUGUUUAACAGUAAGUCUUUGGUUUUACCAAGUAACGGUCAGCCUGCUGGGACAGUGGUGGCAUUACAGCAGGUACCAGGAAGUACAAACAGUACUACUCUGAUCUGUGCCCCUGGAACCAACCAAGCUUUUCUUCCCCCUCAAGCAUCAGCACUAGUACAGUUAGCUAGUGCUGAGGCUAAAGGUUUGCUCCAGCCUGGUGCUACGAUAGCCCUCCGAAGUGCUUUGCCUCAAGGACCAUCUAUGGUCCAGCUUCCCACUGUGUCUAAUGUGUCUCUUAAACAGGCCCCAGUGGCUUUAACUACUGCUCAACCACAACAGACUACACAGGCGCAGCAAAUUCUUCUUCCAUCAGGACUGCAGACCAACAUGGCAGCUGGACCUGGAACUGUAUCUAAGCCUGCUGUGGUUUCACAAAAUGCAUCAACAAACCAAAUCACCCUACAAGGUACAAUGCUGACUUCACAGUCUCUGCUGAGUCACCUGAUCCCAACUGGCAACAAGGUGAAUGGUAUGCCCACAUACACUUUUGCUCCAUUGCAAGUAGCCAUGCCUGUCUCUCAGAGCACAAGUACUCCCCUAAAGGCUGUUGAGCAAAUAAACAACUCCUCACCACAAACUAAGAAAUGGAUUACCUGUCCCCUCUGCAAUGAACUUUUCCCUUCCAAUGUCUUUGACAUGCACACAGAGGUCGCCCAUCAGACAAAAUCCAACACAACCAAGUCAGAAAGUGUGGCAGCGCGAGCAGCAUUCUUGAAGAAAAUGCCUGACAAAACUGUCAAAUGUCUAACUUGCAAAAUUCUACUAUCGGAAAAAAGUGUCUUCCAGCACCUGUUGCAUGGCCUGAGCUGUUUGUACUGCUCAGCGUUGUUCUUUUCAAUCAAACAGCUCACUGAGCAUGUAAAGCAACACAAUCCCUCAAGCAAGGCAUACUGUGAUUUUCUGAGGCAGAAGUAUAGGGUCUACUCAAAAGGUAUUGGAGGAAUCCUGUUCCCUUACUUUGAUGUCCACACCACUGCACCAAAGGAGAUCUUAGGAGAGACCGAGGUCAAUCUUGCCCUGGUCACAAAUUCCCUUGACCUGAUCUUCUUUAAGUUGCAGCCCAGCAGCCAGUCAGAAAUCUGCCAAGCACCUGUUAAAAUCAACAGUUCGUACUGUCCUUUCUGUGACGAAAAAUUUCAGAAUGAAUCCAAACACCUUGAACACCUGAAACAGAAACACUUUGUUGCACCCACCAUUCACGCCAUCCUCAAGACAGAAGCUUUCAAGUGCAUAUACUGUAACGGUGUAUACACAGGAAAGGUCACCCAGCAGGCGGUGAUGCUCCACAUUCAGCGAUGUCGGUGUUCACCCAAACCACCCCAGCCCCCCAAACCUCCAAGUGUGCCCCCACAGCCACCAAAACCAGCUCCGCAGAUCAGUCACCCAUCAGGACUCUACUUUCUUCAAGUGCCACAAGGGCUGACUAUGAAUCAAACUUUAACUCCGGCUCGUGUGAUUCCAGCUGCACCACCUGUGCCCCCGGUGCCACCUGCGCCACCUGCACCACCUACACCACAUGCACCACCUGCACCGUCUGCACCGCCUACAGAAACAGAAGCCGAACUGCUAUCUAAGAAGAGGCUAGAGGCUGCAUUGCGGGAGGUUAUUGAGGCCAACGCACGAGAGCGAGAACAAAGGGCAGCCAUGCGCAAGAGGCGAGAGCAGGAGAAGUCGUUGCCCCCACCGGAGCCUGUGGUUCAGAGCGACCCCACAGUGAAGCUAUUAUUGGAGCCAACCCCCGCCGAGCGCCGCUGCAGCGAAGAGCGCAGAGACUUCAUAUCGAAAUACUUCAACCUGAACCCGUACACGACCAAAGUCGAGACUGAGGAGCUGUGCAAAAGGCUGUCCCUCACCAAAGCAGAGUUGGCGGCCCACUUCAGCAAGAAGCGCAGCAAGUGCAUGAAGAGUCUCAAGAGGAACACAGCUGCUGUUCUCCUCGGCUUCAACAUGACAGAACUGAGUAAAGUCAAGCACAAUCUCCUCAUCCCAGAGCAUCAGGCUGCAGAUUCCACAGAGCAGAGAGAAAAUAGUGACAAUGGACCAGAACCAAUGGAUGAAAGUGGAAAUGAGAAGGUGACGGAUGGGGAACAGGUGGAGCGGAUGGAAUGAGUUGUGUGAACAUGGAACAGGCGGAAAACAGCAAAUAAUGCAAAUGUCCCAGAUUAAAAACAGAUUAUAACACAGAUAACUUAACGAUGGCCUUUUGUGUUAACAGUUACUCAAGAAGUUCAUCAUGCAGUGCAUAUGAUGUAUUUCCUAACAUACCAGUUAACUGUAAGUGAGGGCAGUUUCUUCAUGUAGCCUUCAUUAAUAGAGCUUCAUUUGACUUCUGUAUGUUUCAGUAUGUCGAUGGUCCAUAUGCUAAUUUCCACAUAAACUCAGAGCCGUGUUGCAAUGCUACUUCAGAACAUAAUAAUAAUAAUGAAGAAACGGAUGUAUUGUCUGUAAGAUAUUAUGGUGUCAAGCCUGGUGAGUGCAACAGUAUUUAGCUGGUUACAAUCUCUCAUUGAACAAUGGCUACUGACUUCAAUUUAAGCACUGAUUUGCUCUUAGUAGCUGCUUUCUUUCUCUUUUGCACCAUUUAUUUAAGCCCAUUUGUACAAAAUUGUGAUUCCUACAUCACUGCUUGUCUGCUAAUAUCAAGACUUGAGUGCACACUUCAACACAGACCUAAUUUAUCACACUUUCCCUUAUAAACUGACAUUUGUUUUACAUAUUUGGACCUAUUUGUCAUGUACACGUUAUUUUAUUUUUAUUUUUUUUAGCAUUUUUUUUUUUUUUUUACUUUUUCAGAUUGUUCACAUCACUCCAUCCAUCUACAGUUAAACAGUUUAAGGGGGAAAAUGUUUCUUGGUAACUAACUCCUGCAGAUGGUUUAUGUCCUUGCUCAUUUUGCAGUUCUGAAGCCAAAUUCUUGCCAUUUCUGCUGAAUUCCCAGAGUUCAUGAACACUUGGUUAUUACAAAUCUCUGACCAUGUUGCUUGCAUGAGCCUUUGUUUUCUUGUCAGAAGAAAUUAUGAUUUGUGCCAUUGUGAAGUCUACAUAUUUGCAUAGACUUGUGGAAAUUUACCUAGAGUUUCAAAAUAACUUAAAACAUAAUAUUGGGUGUUCAACAUAUAGUAUAUCUUCUGUUCUCCUGACAGUUGUUUUUUUUGUACUAUACAUGUAUUUUCUAUAAUUCCUAGAGUAACAAAAAUGUUGGGAGAAGUGCACAUUCUCAUUCUGUUAAAGGCCACUCUGUUGGAAAAAAAUAAAGUGGUUCCCUUUUACGUAAA